UUCUACAUAUGCAGGACAAUCGUAAAUGCUGCCAACAUUUAAACCUUGGAGAUGCAAAAUUGGGUGUAGGUGAUAGGUGCCUUCGCUUUUGCGAUCCCGGAAGCGAAGAGGGAAUUGACUCAAUUGCAAGGGCCGAUGUUACGUGCCUUUUCAAUUGGAAUGUGUUGAUGUAUUGCCAUCAUGCCGGUAUUAAACUAAACUAG